AUGGUGCACGACGUGUUCCGGCUGAUUAGGGAGACGUUGCCUUCGAUCGUCUUCAACGACGAGGUGGGCACAGUCACACAGACGGCGGCCGUCGCCGCGGCGCGGUUGAACGCCGGCAUGGGCUUCGAGGUGCUGCAGGUCGAGCUUUCAGGCCAGCACGAGGCCGUCGCAACGACACUGGCUAAAAUUCACACGGAACAAGCGGAACUUCUAUUUGAGGCUGGCCCCACAGCCGAGCGUCUGCGGGGGCCGGCGCGGCGUCCCCGCGUCUCGUCACUGGCGUCGCUCUCUUCGUCCGCCGCUGCGGCGGCGGACCUGCGCGGGGGCAGAGGCUGGCUCUCCGCCCUCCGCCGUGACCCCUCCAAGCGGGCGCGCCGGGCCGACGACAACGGCACGCGGCUCACCGACGAGCUCCUCCUCGUCAUCUUCGCCCGCGUCCCCGACCUCGCCGACCUCGUCCGCUGCGCGGCCACCUGCCGCUGCUGGCGCCGCCUGGUGUCCGCGGAAGCCGCGUUCCUCUGCCGCACACCUCGGCGGCCGCCCGGCAGGUUCAUCGGCCCCCUAGCCCUCGGCUUCUUCAACUACCAGGUGGACGCGCCGCGGUUCGUGCCAACAGCUUUCGCGUCGCGCCGCUUCCCCGGCCUCCUCCAGCAGCAGCCGCUGUCCCUGAAUACGUUAGUCGAUGACGGGCUGUUCGAUGGCUUUUCGCGCAUAGUGGCCUCCAGGAACGGCCUCCUUGUCGUCGACCUCCGGGGCGUGAAGCAUGACAGGGCACUCAAGCUCUGCGUCUGCAACCCCAUGGCAGGCGUAGUGCACGUCUUGCCACACCUCGGAGGCAAGGACGGCCUUGGGUACUACGCUUGCACGGUGCUCACCGCAGACGACCGCGAUGAGAAGACAAUAGACCCACCUCGGUCCUCCUCGUACUUCCGCCUGGUAUUGGUGUACAAGUACACCCGAUGUGGCUUCACCGCGUUCCGGAGCUACUCGUCCGAAGAAGGCAGCUGGAGCGAAGAGGCAAAGGUGACCAACGCCAGACUAGGAAAUAUUCAGAUGGGUUUGACUGAUGACAGUUUGACUCAUAAUGGUGUUGUGGGCUAUGGUGGCAGGCUAGUGUAUUGGCUGUCCAAGAACGUGGUGUUCGUGCUGUGCCUUGCAACGCUGCAGUCAACGGUGGUAAGCAUGCCUCGGUCCGGAAAUGGCCAGACUUUCGAUAUGCUAAACACCUUGAUGGGCUUGUCGCCAAACGGCAUGCUCUGUGCCAUCCAGCUCGACCGCAUGUCCCUUAGGCCAGCUAAUCGGAGGGUCCCCAUACGCGUAACCACCUGCACUGACCAUAGUUGGUGGGAUACGGAGGAGUUGAUUCAGGUAGAACAAUCCUUGCCUGAAGAUGUGGGUAAUGUUAGGCUGCGGUGGUUCUGCGAGAAGAGUGGGGCUGUGUUCUUCUCAACCAUCUCUGGCAGUAACCCCCUGAGGAGUGAGAUGUAUGUUCUGAACCUCGAGACCCGGGUGGUUGAUAAGCUGGUGAGCGAUGACAGGAACAGCAAUCCUUGGGCGUAUGUUCACGGGUACGAAAUGGAUCAGACAGCAUACCUGGCAUCCCUUGCUGAGCCAGAGGGCAUGGAGGAUAUGUGACGAUCGCUUUUCUACCUAGGGUGCAAAGAAGUUUGCGAGAGGUCGAGUUAUUGCUUACCAAAACACCAGGAGGGACUGCAAAAUCUGUCAAUACUCACCAAGUUUGUGUGCAGUAUUGCUUUGGUGUCUGGUUGUUCUCUCCCUAGUAUCUACAAUGUUGGUCAGUAAAAGUGGUGACUGUCUCUUGUUCGAUGUUGGUGGAGCUAGUGUCAGUUGUUGCCGUUCUGUUAGUUGGAGUGGAGAAUAGGGUUGGAGUUGGUGGUAAUGAGUCGUGUUUGUCGCAUAAUGUGAGAUUGUCGGCCCCUUUUGAUUUUCUGAAUUAUGCUUGUAAGCUGGUAACCCAAUGCUUUGAUAUUAAUUAUGUUGAAUCUAUAUCCCCUGGUGUUCGUUGGAACAUUUCA